AUGCCAGACGAAACUGUGACCAGGAACCGACAGUCGUGGAAGAAAAUGAUCCACGACUGUUCCACGCAGGAUACAGGGGAAGACAAAGGCUCCGAAGAGAAGCUCCCCACAACAGCACCCCCUCCUGCUUCUCCUGUCAGUUCAUCAGACCUCUCAAAUACAAACAUUUUCGAAGAGGCUACAUCUUCACUUGUGACAGGCCAGUCAUACGAGAACAUGGUGACAGAGAUCAUGUUAAUGGGCUAUGAAAGAGAACAAGUGGUUGCAGCACUGAGGGCCAGCUUCAACAACCCAGACAGAGCUGUGGAAUACCUGUUGAUGGUGACUGAGAGUGAGACUCACGCAGUGGCUGAGUCACUGUUGACCCCCGCAGGCGGAGUUGCGGCCCGAACUACCGGGUCGUCGUCCUCACCCUAUAGUGUUGCUCCAACACAAUCUUCACCUGCCACAGGGGCCAACCCACUGGAAUUCCUGAGAAACCAGCCCCAGUUCCAGCAGAUGAAACAAAUCAUCCAGCAGAACCCCUCUUUGCUACCGGCCUUACUACAGCAAAUUGUGAGGGAGAACCCACAGUUGCUGCAGCAAAUCAGCAGCCACCAAGAGCAGAUGCUUAAUGAGCCAUCUCAGGAGGUGGGAGGCCAGAGUGGAGGGGAGGGAGUAACAGAGGCUGGAGGUGGACACAUGAACUAUAUUCAGGUCACUCCCCAGGAGAAGGAAGCCAUCGAGAGGCUAAAAGCACUAGGAUUCCUGGAAGGACUUGUUAUACAAGCGUACUUUGCUUGUGAGAAGAACGAGAACUUGGCAGCCAACUUCCUUUUACAACAGAAUUUUGAUGAUGAUUGA